CAGCUGGGCAGUGCUUGGGGCUGGCAAUGAAAAGCUUCAGGGCCCCAGUGGGGAGCAGGAUGAGGCUCAUCCAGGGGAGGGCCAGCUCCCUGCCAGCGCACGCACUCCUGAGGGGCAGGGGAGACCCCCAAAUCUAUACAUGGGGCAGGCGUGGGCUCCCGCCCUGCUUCCCUCCUCUGGCGUCUCCGCCAACUGGCAGCCUUGACCUGGUGCGGCUGGGGACAGUGGGGCCGCGCAGGGAUCUUGCCACGGCUCGCCCUCCCCACUGCCCUGGUGAUGUGCCUCCUGCACCUGCCGCUACUUUGAGGGGCGCAGCCCCGUGCUGCUGCCCUUGCUGCAGCCCCGUGCACAGGAGGUGCGUCACCAAGGCAGGAAGGGAAGCAGGGCAUCAGGGUGGUGAACAGUGGUGAGCAGCUUCUUGGUGCAGGCCCACUGUUCCCUGCCAUCCUGCUUCCCUCCCUUGUGACCUGGCAGGUCAGGGAGCAGAGGAGUUGCGCAGGGAUCUCUUCACCUGCUGCUGGUCACCCUGCACUGCCUUGGCUGCCCUGCCCAAGCCCACAGCGGCAGCAGAGGGGAGUGGGGGCACGGGGCUGCAGACCUGAGUCCAUGGCCGUGGCAGCCAGGGGCCCCCUCUGGCAGGGCUGGGGGAGCAAAACCGUGGAUACUCAAAACUGUGGUUGGUGAUGGAAACCUAUACCAGUCACCUAUAUAAAGUGCUUUCUGUUUUAAAAAAAGAGAUGCAUGUACCAGACAAGGUGGGUUCUUACAAUGAUGGUUUCACAAUAUCACUUCAGAGUUAAAGCUGUCUCUGAACCUGAACUGGAUAAAAUGGGAAAAUACUAGUUUCCCCUAAUGGACCACAGGAACAUCAUUUCUAAUCCUAAAGCAUUCUACCAGCAGCCACACAGCACGUUUAGUAGUUCAUUUUGCACCAUUUUGGGGAAAUAUUUUGCCUGAUUUUCUGCUAAUUACUUUUCCUCUUUCUUGGACAGGAAGAACCUCGUCAGUUGUAUCCUUUCUGUAAAUUCCAUCCUUCACACUGAGGGAGGAGCUGUGAUAACAUUUGGAAUGGAUGAUUUGCUUCUUGCCUAAUAAGUUUACACAAUGUUAUCUUCAUUGUUACCCUGUUUUAUCUUCUCAGCAAUCAGCACCAUCUAUUUGAGGUCCUAGGAGUAACCAGUAGCUUCUCAGGGAAUGUAUGCACUGCAGAGUUAACUCUGGUGCUGCUACAACUUGGCUCCUGACCAAGUUAAUCAGAGAGAAUAGGCUUUUAGAAAUGUAUGAGAGAGAGGAGGAUGGGUGGACUGGUUGGUCCAUAGUAAUGCCCUAUAGACAAAUGAGAUUUGUAGAGUAAUCUUCAUGAAAUCUGUGCAGCACACACCCCUGAGACCUGACAUUACACAGCUGACAAGAGGUACUAAAAAGGGUUCCAUAGCACUCCCUUUUUUCUCCCUUGAGUUAAAAUCUUGAUGUCCCCCAUGCACACACCCACUCCCUUUCACCCUUGCCAAAGGCUUUGUAACUACCUAAGAAAAAAGGCAAAUUAUUCUUCAAAGAUUUCUGCUACUGGAAUUUCUCCAGCAUUUUGCUCCACCUUCCUUCAACUAGAGAAACAUGAAAACCAAGUUCUGCUUGAAUAAGAUUAAGAACCUUGGGAACUUGAAUACACCCAUUCAUCACAUGCAGGUGCUGUCAUCCAAAACUAGAUGAGAACCAAUGCUAUAUAAUAUAGAAAGGAUCAGAGCAUCAACCUCAGUCUUAGGAAUGAUUCAACAAAUAUGGCUAGAAAUCUGGGGCCAGAAUUUCUGUAUGGGCAUUCUUCUACAGCAGGGGUUUCCAAACUAUGGCAUGUGUACGCAAGACAUCUUGGGAAGCGGGGUAUGCAGGAGAAACUAAUGGUGGAUUUAAUUUUCAUUAUUAUAAUAAUAAUUGGCAUUUAAAGGGUUAAAAUAUAUGCUGGUAGGGAUAUGCAGGCAGCUGGUAAAUCUGGAAGGGGGGACACAAUAAGAAAAAGUUUGAGAACCUCUGUUCUAAGGAAAGUGUCUAUAGUACAUGGGUAAGAUGUUCAAGCUGGCACUUGCAGUCCUCCCUCUACCCAGGAAUGGUGUCUAACAAGCAACCAGUGAGCUACUAAGAUAAUACAGCUGAAAUAGCAGGGUUGUUUCAAUACUGAACUCUGCUAGCUAGGCAGUGCUUUCCCAGCAUACCAUACUUUCUUGCAAACCAUUCCAAGACAUUUUGGGUGCAUAUACACGAUCGGGGAAGCUACUGUGAUACACUGUAAUUUCAGCAUGUUGGAGCAUAGCAAUUGCUGCGCUCCAGCAGCAUCCUGUGCCUUGCAUAUCAGCAUCCCUGUAGUUCAAAAUUGCGGCGGGGUGCUUCAUUUAAAGUUCGUUAGAUGCUCCUCCCGGGGCACAUGUCUAAACGCCCCUUGUUUUUGGGAAGGCAGAACGAAGAAAAAGAUUUUUCCAGAAUUAGGGCCACACACAAUAGAGACAGCUUGCUCACCCUUCAUUUGCUGCUCAGACAAAACCUACCAUUUUAACCCUUUCACAUCUGAACUGUCAGCAGAUCUAGGAUUUGGGGGGGAAAAACCUAAAAGCAGCCUGCAGGACUGUGAAAUAGGAGAAGAGACUAGUAGCUAACAAAAAGCAAAACUGCUGAAGAAACGACAGCUUCAUUUGUGGAAUAUCGAGACUUAAGAAAGAAAGGGUUGUCAGCACCUCUGGAGUGAAAAGCAGAGAGCAAAAUUGCCAAAGAUAGGAUGGCUUGAUCAUCAAGACCAUAAAAAGAAGAUAAGGUCCACUAAUGCCUGUUGAGUGAAGAGUAAUUAGCAGGAAUAGAGUAGAUUAUAAUAAACUAUGAAGUCAAGUGACUUCCUCAGGGUUGCCUGCUUAAUGCUGUUCUUGUGGGCAGAAAAUCAGCUUCUCAUUUUAGGACAUGCUUUAGGAAGCCUGAUUCUUGGGAGCAGGAUAUGUGUGGCUUAUAAAUUUGGUGUAUUCUUGCUGCACGUUUUAUCUGACUGGCAAAUGGGUGGUGAAGGUUUGUUCCAUUAGUCUAGGAUUUGGGAAACCUGGAUUAAGUCCCUGAGUGCAUAAAUUCUUCAUUUGUAAAACAGGGUUGACAGCACUCCCCACCCCCAUUCACACAGGUAUUGUGAACUUAAGUACCUUAAAGAUUGUGAGGAAGAUCCAAUGCAACAGUAAUGGGAGCCAUAUAAGCACUUAAUGGAAAAAAAAAAAAUUAUACAAAUCCCACCUUCAAGAAGCAAGCUAUCAUUCUGAAUUCAUGGCAUUUUUAAUCCAAAUUUAAUGGAGUUUUCCCCCUCAAGAUCCCUAUUAUCUUGGCUAUAUGGGUUGUUAUGGAUAGUGACUUUGUUUUUAAAAACAAUGUGCCCAGAAACACUAAUGAAAGAGAUCUCAACUGCAUUACUAUUAAAUAUCCUUAACUUCUGCCAGCUGUCAUCUGUUCCUUUACAGAUUUUGUUCUACUUAAAUGGAGUUUAUUACAUAUUUUAUUUCUUGGCAACUCUUCUCAUGAUUAUUUAUAAGAGUCAAGUUUUCAGUUAUCCAGAUAAUUUCUUGGCACUUGAUCUUGCUUUGCUAUUCAUUAUGGCCAUUCUGGAAGCAGUCCGAUUAUACUUGGGUACAAAAGGUAACUUGACAGAAGAAGAAGCUUCACUAGGGGUCAGUCUUGUGAUCACUGUUGGCAGUGCCAUCCUGUCUGUCUAUUUCUUGGUAUGGGAGACCUAUGUACUGAAAGCAGACGUCAUUAUAAACGCUAUUCUUCUUGUGACGUAUGGGCUUGAAGCAAUACUACAGAUCAUUGCCAUUGCUGCAUUUGUCAACUAAACUUCUGCUCUGCCCAGCAUUGUACAGGGCAUCUUUUUCUGAUGCAGUUCUUCAGGAAAAGGGACAAAGGUGCACCUUUAAAGGGUUCCUUGCAGAAGUAUUUGGUUUCAUUUUCUCCACUGUAAAAACUGAAAAAACUCCUCUUCCCUAUAUUACAAGGUAUGUUUAUAGCUUUUCUCUGGCAGGAACUUCCCUGAAUUAGAAAUGAAAAUAUUCUGAACAGUGGUUUUGCUCCACUGUCUGACCAAUUAAUUUGUUCAAAAGCUAAGACCAUGAAUCACCAAACUACUGAAGUACAUGUUUCGAUUUAAGCAUAUGAAUAAUUCC